AUGUCCAGGAUGACUACCAGGAAUGGAGAGGUAUGCAUCACGGAAAGCUCGGCUGGUGCUACUCUGGAAAAGCCUAAGAAGGUGCUGGUGGUCGUCGACGUUUCAGCAUCCUCGGCCGUCAAGCGCAUGGUAGACCUGUUCACGGAGGUGGACAAAGACGCACUUCAACCGGCUGGGUCGAAGCAAAGCGUGCAGGAGGUGGCUCAGGACCUGCUUACCGCUAGUGCUGGUGUCAAGUCACAGUUGCAGGACGGCGGAAGUACGGUCGCUGCCAUCAGUGGUGCUAUUGGCGCCACCUUGCAAAGUGAGAAAGACGUUGUGGUCAACAAGUCUUCAAAGCCUAACGACGACGAGGAGGAUGAUGGCUACCUCAGCGAUGAUCCUGAGGAGCGCUACGAUGCGCAUGCAAAGAGUGAAGUCUCGCAGCGGAUUCGCUUCGCCAUUAAGGAUCUGCACAUGGAGAUUCAAACAACAACGAAGUUUCAGGAGCUGUCAGCGCUGUUUCUGAACAAGAAGCAAUACUCUAGGCUGCAGGUCACCUUCGAGCGGGAUCGGGAUGCCAACUUUGUGUGGAAGCACGGGAUCGUGCACACCUGUGUUGACAGGAAGCAUAUCAAUCUGGACAGGCAGCACCCGGUGGACCCGGCCUAUGUGAAGGCGCAUGCGGCUGACCCACUGCUGGUUGAAGUGUUGUUUAAGGGGGUGGACGCGGUGAUCACGCCGGAGAUGCUCUGCGAUAUGUUGGUGAAGGCAGCCUCGCGGGGAAGUUUCUUAGGUCUUGAUUUUAAGGAGUUCGCUGCUGGGCUGCCGAGAGGGGAGCGGUUGGUGAUUGCAAGGGACUUGAACAUGAUAGAGGACCCCAUCCUGGAUAAGUCUAACAGGCAGGGCGUAACAGGGGACAAUGCCAAGAUGAAACAGAUGUUGGCUGACUUUCAAGUUACAGACGCGUUCAAGGAGCUGCGACCGGAUGAGAGGGAAUUCACCUUCUUCUGCAGAUCGGCAUUGGUCAGUUCGAGGAUUAACGAGAUUUUGGUAUCGCAGGCAUUGGUGCAUCAAGUGGCGAAGGUUUCUCACCAGCCGCUGCCGCAGGAGAUUACAGACCAUAAAUGCGGGUUGAGUGGAGAAGCUCCAACGAGUUAUCUGUCUGCGCUUGUUAAGAGCAGGAAGGCGAAGGUGGGUAUAAAGGAGCUGGUAAAGGACGGCGUCAGCCACACUGAUGCGAAGACGGUCCUGGAGGUGGCGUCGCAGCACUUCAGAAGUGUUUUCGAUGACUCCUCUGGGGCGGCGGGGGACGCACCGGAGCUGCAGUGGACACCUAGAAGGGUAUUGGAAGAGGCAUCAGCAACGUCUCUGGAGUUGGACUGGACGGGGGAAGAGGUACGAACGACGAUAAGAGAAUUAGAGAGUGACAAGUCCCCGGGGAGGGACGACUUACCGAAAGAGGUGUUCCAGCGUCACUGGGGAGUGCUGAAAGGGCCGGUGAUGAGGAUGGUUAAAGAGUUCGUCAGUACAGGCAAGCUGCCGGCGGCGGCCAACGCAGCGGUCACUACUCUGUUGUACUAG